CCUCAGAAGGUAUCCAUUUAUAUCCAUCCGUACGUGCAAGUGAUUGCGGUGGUGCUAUCCAAAAUUAGGGUUUGUGGAACGCUAACAAUCUCGAUUUAUCUAUGUUUUAUUGAUUUAAUUUUUGGAGCUAAUUAGUCUGCUGCGUAUACAACGACGAUAUAAAUCCAAAUAGAGAAAAAAAUGGUGGAGAGGAAGCUGUACAAAACGAAACUAUGCUUGCUUUAUCAAAGAGGCCGUUGUCAUCGCCAGAGUUGUUCUUUCGCUCAUGGCAAUGCGCAGCUCCGUCGCUUCUCCGAUUCCCCUGCCGCCGAGAGGCGGGAUUUUCGCGGUCAUGACUUGAGAGAGAAGCUUGAUAGAAGGCGUUCUCCGGUGGGCAGAUACUCCUCCGAUAGAGAUGCAAGAGAGAGACAUGCAUCCCAUGGGCGCAGUCCUACUGAGUCUCUUGGGAGGAGGAGUGAUAGAAAGCGGAAGAUGAAACAUCAUUCGGAAGGUCAAAGUGAUUUGUCUGGAAGUUUGAACAUGUCGGCUGAGACAGAAGAUCAUGUGAAGGAGAAAAAACAUUUAUCUUCCAGUUCCGAAGAUGUCCUUCAGCUUAGGCAGUUGCAAUCCGAAAUUGAUAUGUUGGAUGACCAAAAACGCGAACUGGAGAUGUACCUUGAAAAGACAACUCGUCAGGCAGACAGUCUAGCUUCAAAAAUUCAGGACCUUGAGAUGGAACUUGUCAAGGAAAAAGAGGAAUGUAAAAGGAUUACUUCGAAGAUCAAGAAGUUCGUGGAAGCAUACAACAAUCACUCACGGUUAGAAGGUGAACUAAAAAGGUCAGAAGCUCAGCUUCAAAAGCUCGCUAAUAAACUCAGCUCAGAUUUGGUCGGGCCCGUUGCAAGUGAAGAGGAUUCGGCCAUCAAUAUGAGUGAUGGAGGGAUGGCUGGUAAUCAAUUUAGCUCAUUGGAUGAGCCGCAGAAGAAUACUUCACCCACCAAGAAAAGGCCGAGAAUUCAUCGUGAAGCUGAUGAAACCUCAAAUCAAGCUUCAACAAAAGGAAAAGGAAAUGCUUCGCAGAGGAUUGCUUAUCCUACUCAGCUGAAUAACGAGAAGAAAGAAAACACAGAGUUCAAUUGGGAGAAUGGGUAUAAGACCCUAGUGGGUGAAGAGAAGUCCAAGAAGGGAAUAAACUUCUCCAGUGACAUGACUUUCCCAAACAAGCCCAAAGCCUCUGAUGUUGCUGUUGUUUUGCCAUCAACCAGCAUGGCCGCCCAUGCAGCGGAUGAAGAUGUUGAAGUUGUUGAGAUGGAGGAAAAAGUUGAAGUAGCUGGAAAUGCUACAAGAGCUGGGAAGGGAACUCCUUCUGGUAUUCCAGAGUAUCCUUUUCUACCACCUCCUCCUCCUCUCCCUCCGGGUGCUUAUUUGAAGUAUAAGGGUGAUACUGCGGAAAGGCUUGAUGAAGAGACGGUGGAAGUGGAUAUUGUUUAGCAUAACGAUCAAUAAGCAGCUGGUGCACAGAUGUAGAGGAAUAGAGCUAAUGAGCUGGAAAUGAUGAUCGGCUUAUACAUACAAGUUUUCAGGAUUUUAAAUUUAAGAUUAUUAUCAACAGGAAAAAUAACUUAGAUAACGCUUUUGAGCUUGAUUUAGAUGAGGAGAGCAGAUUUCUUUUUGUAUAGCAGGUUGAUAAUAAUAGUUUAGAGUCUCUUAAUCUUCGCCUAUGCAGCAAGCUCCUCGAAUGUUGCUGGGGUUUGUUGGUUUAAAAUGUGCUACUCUGAAGUCUUAACAGGAGACAUGCUAAAUAAUCCCGAAAACGAUA